AGAACAGAUACAAAAAUACAAAUUCUUUUACUUAUCGUUCGAGCAGGUAGAAACAUAAAGAUUAUUAAAAGCUUGUGUUUUCUUGACUAGAUCUAGAAUCAAUACAAUUAUAAUUCAAGCGAAUUGAUAACUCAGCAGCAUUAUCAUCGUUAUUUUAUAUUAAAAACUAAAUACAUCUUGUUAUAACAGAUGGAGGAAACUGUAGAUAACGAAAACCCAGAAAUGGAGACGUGGUUCAGACAGUUUGCGGAGCGCAAAAAUCAGCUAACAAUAUUUCCCCACACACCUUACUCCUUUUCAGACGAGCCCGAAAUUAUGAGCAACUUGUUUAACAAGUUCUCAAUUGACCUGCUAAAUUACGAGGCUUAUUCGGGUUUUUUAAUUUGCGAAUCCGAUCCACCGAAUACAACUUCUGAAAUAAGCAAGUAUCGUCAAUCGUGUUUGUUCAUACCAGCUCCCAAUUACAGUAGAAUUGUGCUGAUUAAAAGCAUUCAUUCUUUCAGGGAUUCUUUGGAAACGGCAAUACGUGAUCCUAUUGUAUCACAACUCAAUCAACUUAAUCUAACGUUCAAAAACGAGAGAGCAGAGAAAAUACCAAUUGUUAUUCUCAUUGUUUUCAUAGUUAAGAAAACUGGUAAAGAGGAAUCGGAAAAUUGUGAAAAGAUAUUUGCUCAAAUAACCGAAUUCAACACAAAAGACUUCGAGAAACUUGACAUUGAGUUUGUUUUUCUUUUGAAAAAUAAAAACGCAAACCCGGGCUUGGACUUAAAAACAGAGAAAAAAAAAUUGAAACAAGCAAUUUUGGUUCCAGGAGAAAACUUAGAGACAAAAAAGUCAAUUUUCAAAUUUUUGCGAACACACGACGCCGAAGUUGACUUGCAAAUAACAACGAAAAACUUCAAAAAAAUUGGAAGUGCCGAAAUUACUCUGACCGAUUUCGACGAAGUCGUUUACAUGUACAAGUUAUACUUCCCAGCCAAAGACCACAGCUUAGAAAUGUUACCCAGCAUGAUGGGGCUGACGGACACUUUGCUUUACAAAACAGGUGAACGGGGCGAGUUGUUGCAAAACUGCGAGGGGUACAUUGGCGAGCAGAAAGACUUUUGGGGCAGUUACAUUGCCAAAUUAUGCAAUCCAGUGGGUCUACUAAUUAAAGCUUAUAGCGAUGUUCAAAUAAACACAAUUCUUCGUCGACCUGUGUUUAAUAAUCAUUUUGACAUUGACUGGAUUUAUUGCGGGCAUAAAAUCAUUUUAGCGAUUGAAGUGGGCCGCACAAACUCACCCGAUUGCCCAAUUUAUACGAUCUUUAAUAAACUCGAACAAGUUUUGUGCAAGAAUUUACCUACAAUGUACUUAGCUCUUCAUGCAAUUUUUCGCAGCUUCCCCGAAAACUGUUCCAGGAGCGAAGAUGACACCAGUAUACGAUUUUGGAAUUUCGUCAAAAAACGAUUCCGAUUUGUCAUUUUUUUUCCAAAUAUAUCAGCUCAGGCUUUCAGAAAAAUUCUUCAAACAGCAAGAGAACCCUUGGAUAACGUGGCAAAACAAAAAGCAGUAGCAUAUCGGAACAUUUUUGGCCUUAUUUCGACUGCAAAAGAAAAUCGACUUUCCAGCAUUCUCUUUUUAAUGCACGAAGAUCUGCACUCGACAGAAACGCCAAAGACUUUUUAUGUUGAAAAAAAUCUCAAUGUUUUAGAAAGUCGAAUGCAAAUAACAGAAAUUCUCCAAGCAAAAGUGAACUAUAGAAAACCGAGACCAGAAUACAAACGACUGGAAUUUGUUUCGGGUAUUUUUGCUUUUAGUACUUUGAUAAGGAAAGAAAUAUUUCCUAGUACUGAUAGUGCUGACAAAACUCUCAUUUCGCGUGAUCAAAAGUACCUGCAAGAUCAAAAGCGGUUUUUGAAACAAACAAAGUUUCAAGUCAACGAGUCAGAUUUUUUGGACGUGGUGUUGAGUCCCCAGCAGCAUCGGAUUUUAUCCGAGAACAAACGCCGAGUGCUGAUUGCGGGCGAACCCGGUUCGGGUAAAACUGCUCUUCUGUUAGCACGUGCUAAAAUAUCAGCUAGGGACCCCAACAUAGAACACAUAAUGUUCGCAAUUCCAGAAGAAAAAACAGAGUUCAAGAAGUUCCUCUUAGACUUCGUGGACAAACCGGGUAACGAGGGUCUGAAAACGAAGUUCAUUAUGGUUACCAUUGAAGAAAUGUCCGACCCAAGUUUGCGACGACCAGACUGGCCUACUUUGAAACAACUCCAUCGUUCUAUUUUGCUGGUAGACGAGAUUUACAUGACUUCUGUGAGCUUCUUCUCAAGGUUGGACCAAAAUGUCAUUUUUCAAGCCUACUUGGGAGUUUUGCCUCACAUGCGACAGCUUUUGUUCACGAAUGUCAUUGCCGGUCAGAUGCACAAACGUCGAGGUUUUUCUCAGUUCAUACUACCACAUGGCUCUGUUUGCGAACCUUUGAAUAUUCUUUUUCGCAGCUCACAUCACAUCAGUGCAUUUUCGACCGGAUUUAUUCAUACUAACAAGUUAGUAACCAGAACCAGCGCAAGAGUUUCCGGAUGUUUCACUUCACCCCAACCCGAAGUAAGAGCUCAUUAUUUCUCCAUCCGCGAUGAUCCAAUUUUUGCGGACGCAACACUUAUGAACCCCUGCUUUGAAUCGGACCGUCGGGCGAUCAUAUUCAGUCACGACAAUACUUUCUGGACCCAAAAGUUUUCUAGAGACCGUAAGGAUGUCUCAAACGUUUUGGUUAUUCCUCCUGUAACAGAUUUCUACAAAACACCUUAUACAGGCUGUGAAGCUCUUUCAGUGCUGAUCAUUGUUGAUGAUAUGUUAGAAGAAAAACAUGACAACGAAAUGUUUAUAAUUUUGAACCUCGCGAUAACCAGAGCCCAGUUUGAGGUUAUGAUAAUUGUGCGAGAAAGUUUCAAGAAAAGGAUGGCUAAGUUCAUCAGGAGACCCACGCGGCAUGAGCGGAUCCUUAUGGACGCGGGGAACCAACUUCCGGUGGAUUUGACCUUUCUGAAGACGGUGAAAUGGAGCAAAAAUAUGACCUCGUUUGUACAGAAGUUGACCCGGAUUGCAAUUCAGAGAUCAGACGAACGUCUUCUGGGGUCAAUACUGGACAAAGUUCCUUCAAUCAGAAUACCAAUAGGGCGAAUUUGAA